UAGCAGAAUCACCAUUUCACAUUGUAAAAAGGCAGAGGGCUGGAGCAGCCGGGGGUCUCCCUGGGCUGGGAGCGGAGAGCCGGGCUGUAGCCGGCUCAAGCAUGGCCCUGGUUCUGCGUCACUGCUUUUCAUGGCUGUGGUUUCCUUCUCUUGGUUUAUCAGCUCUGCCGUGCAGAGAACAACCCCUCGUGGGGAUGGAACAGUGGCUGCUGGUGAUGCUGCUGCCCACCCGGGAUGGGGAGAGGGGAGUGGGCGGGGUGGGGUGUCACCAGCUCAGGCCCUGCAAGCCAGGGCGAGCACGCAGGCGUGAUGGAAACCUCGCCAAGGUUUCAGGCAGCUCUCCCCGGAGGUGACUCACAGCUGUGAAAAGUGGGGGAGGAAAUUUAAAAGCUGCUGCUGAGCUCCGAGAAAGCAGGUGGAACCACCACGUUUUGCCCAGACCUCCAGCAUCACCUUGGCAGGUCCUUUGCUGGUGUCACCUCCCGGUUGUGUCACCUCCCAGGUGGCCCUCGAGCCCCGGCGGUGCCGGUGCUCGGUGCAUCCUCCACAGCCGGGGUGGAGCAUGGGGAGGUUUGGGGUGGGUGCGUGGCCAGAGGCAGGAGAAGCCGCUUGCCCGGUGGGUGCUGGGCUCGCAGCCGGUGGGGACGGCUGUUGCUCGCUGCAGGUCGAGGCUCCGUUUGCGCUGUGCAACUGGAGAUAAGCGCCUCUCUUCCUAUUGCCAAACCCGGGGGCCAUUUACGCCAGCCAAAGUGACUUUCGAGCUCGGUCCUGCUCCGCUGUCUCCCACCGCACCACAGCAAAGGUCUCCGGCAAGGAAAGAGCUGGCCAAGGCCCAGCACCCACUGGUUUGCCCCUCACCAGGACCGAGCCGCGAGCCAUGGCCGAGCGCCGGGCGGCCACCAAGGGCCGGCGCAUGGGCUCCAGCCGGCGCAAGCAGCUGCGUGAGGGCUCUGGCGAGGCAGCGGCAGCAGCCCCCGGCCCCAUCGAGGAGCUGCCACAGGCAUCUGAAAUAGUACAGAGGGUGCAGGACUUCUUCAGGGAGCGGAACAAGGACCAGGCGGGGUUUGUCACCCGCUCGGACAUGCAGAAAUUGCAGGAGGAAGAUUUCCCUUGCAGCAUGGAGGAGCUGGAGCUCAUCUUUGAUGGGCUGGAUGCUGCCGGCACUGGGCGAUUAAGCACCGAGGAGUUCACUGCCGGGCUCUGCCAAUUCCUGAGCUCCCAAAAAGCUGCCAGGGACCACCGCCGGCGGAAAACGGCGUCCCGGAGGGUCCGCUUGGUCCUCCCCAGCCCAGCGUUGGAGGGGGCAGACAGCGAGGAGCAGAGACAGUUUGCUGCCUUCAUGGACCAGCUGGGCACAGCCAACGCCUCUGAAGAGCAGGAGAUCUGGCAGCUCUGGGUGAAACUCCGGCAGGACGAACCCCAGCUCCUGGGCAACCUCGAGGACUUUCUGGCCAAGAUGAGGCACCGCAUUCAAGAAGCCAGGAGCAAGAAGGAGGCUUUGGAGGUGACCCUGAACAAGCAUGUGGCUGAGCAUGACAAGGAGGUGCAGCAGCUCUGCGAGGCCCUGGAGCAGCAGAUCCAGCAGGAGCAGCAGCGGCUGGAGCAGGAGAGCAUGGCCCGGAGCCACCAGCACAGCAUGGAGCUGCAGCAAGCACUGGAUGCCAGUGAGAGGGAGGUGCAGCGCUUGGUCACGGCGCAGAGGGAGCUGGAGACGCGGUGCCACAGCCUCCGCAGCAUGCAGCAGGCCACCAGCACCGAAAACCGGCAGCUGGAGGAGAGCAACCGGGUGCUGGAGGACCGCCUGCAGCACCUCCACCAGCAGCUCCAGCAGACCCACAGGAGCCUGCAGACAGCGAGGGCAACGCUGGUUCGGGAGCGUGUGGAGGAGCCCAGGGACAGAGUGGUGGCAGAGCUGCCUGGCGAGAUGCCCCUGUCCCCACAGAUCAGUCUGGAGAAGAGUGAGAAGUACCUCUCCGAGAUGCAGAUCAGGAUGGGGUCCCAGAGCACCAAGCCCAAAGCCAAGAGCACCCAUCAAGUGGUUUGGGAAGCGCUGCCAGCAGAAAUAAGCAUUAUGGGAGCCCCGCUGAGAGCGAGCUCCACAGACGAGGACCCCUUCGCAGAAUUUCUGAAAGAGGAACACUUUUCUGACCAAAGCUCUUUGUUAAGAGAGAUGAAUGAUGCAAUAGUGACUUUGAGCAAACAGCUGAAGCCACAGGGACUGGGUGCACCUCCUGCGCUGGCAGAUGCUGCCUGUCACCCCCAGAACGAUGCUGAGCUCCAGACAGGGCCAGAGGCAUCCGCACCACAUGGCACAACCCCCAGGAUCCUGCAAGAGACCCUUCCCGGCCAUGUUGGUCACGAGCUGUUUGAAGGAGACCUGAAAGAGGGACCAGCCACAGCUGAGCUUUGUGCUCCAGACACCACACAAGCUGGUGCGUCCGUGGGAGCCAGGCACCGCGGGGCUCAGGAGCCGGGGGCAGAGCAGGGAGAGAGCCCAGAGGAGGCACAGAGGAUGAUAUUCCUGCAGGGAAAGGGUGCUGGUGUGAAGGAGAUGAUGCUAAAGGCAGCUGAGCAUCUGCAAGGAGCACCAGGAGAGAGUGUGGAGGCAGCAGAGCAGGUGCUUGUGGAGGUGGAGGGAGAAGGAUGGAUACAGGAAAAAAUGGGCUGGGAAAAGGCACAGCUCCUGGGAGAAGCUGAGGAAUUGGCAUUAAACCAGGGAGAAAAUCUGGAGGCAGGUCUGGGGUCACCUGAGGCUGGGGAGACAGGUCUAGCAGUGGGGUGGCAGCUUGCCACAGAUGAGCUUGGCCCAGCUGCGGCUCUGGAAGAGUGUGCACAGCCCCCAGGCGCAGAACCGGGGGAAGAGGCUGACCUGCCAUCGGGCGUCUCUGAGAAACUUGAAAUACAGCCUGGAGAGCACCUGGAGGCAGAGCCACCAUCCUGGGGUGAGGCACAAAUGGGAGCAGCCCAGGGUGAUGGUGUCCUCCCCGAGGUGACAGUGGCUCCUGACCCCAGGAUGCCGGAGGAAGAGCACAUCAGUGCAGAGGCGCAGCCCUGGGGAGAGACCUUAGAUGCCGACGUGCCACCAGCCCAGGCUCAGCAUGGAGCGAGCAGCGGAGCUGGGGCCGAGGAAGGGGAGAUGGAGGUAACGCAGCCCUGGGAGGCAGAGCAGCAGCCGCAGGGUGAGUCUGUGAGGGGAGACGCAAUGUGGGGAGGGAGCGUAAGUGAAGAGGUGCUGCUGCCACCCGCCGACAUGCAGGAAGGGGGAAAGGGAACAGAUGUGCAACCGCUGGAGGCGCAGAGUAGCGAUGCCAAUGUGCAGCUGCUUGCUGAGGUGGCGGCAGCUCUGCAGCCCCCAGGUGGGGCUGGCUCCCUGGGGGCAGAGCACGGAGGUAGCACGGCUCCAGGUGUGCAGCCACUGGAGGAGGAGGAUAAACCAGAGUUAGGGAUGCAGGAUGAAAUAGGUGCUGCUGUGGUGCUCAGUGAGGGACGUUCCCCAGCAGAAACAGCUACAGCGAGCCUGGACCUGUGUGGGUUGUUCCCAGAUAAGGCUCAGGCACUGGAACUGGUGAAGGAAGAGGACUCCCAGGGAGAUGUGCAGCAGCAUGGGAGUGCCAGCCCAGAAACCCCAAGAGGCGGGGAGGGUCCUGCAGUAGGACAUCUCAUGGACCAUGGGGAACAUGAGAAGAGUCAAUUUAGGCUGCCACAGCAGCCUGUGCUUCACCCCCCUGGAACAGCCAUCAGUCAGGGAGAGGGGGCUGCUGCAGGCGUGCAGGCCCCUGGGGAAGCUGUAAUCCUGGACACGCUGGAGGCUCACAGCACUGAUGCCGAUGUGCAGAUGCCUGCAGAGGAGGAUGAGCUCAGGUGGACCCCAGGAACGAGCAUGGAGGCAGAUCUGCAGCCUGUGAGUGAGGCUGGCUCCCUGGACACAGGGCGGGGAGGGAGCAUGGCUCCAGAUGUGCAACCUCUGGAUGAGGCUGAUAAACCAGAGCUAGUGCAAAUGGAGGCAGAAGACACCCAGGCAGACACACAGCUGCAUGGGGGUCUCAACCUUGAAGCCCCAAGGGGAGGGGAGGGUGGAGCAGCCAUGCAGCUCAUGGAGGAGGCUGAGGAUGGGGGACAUGAGCAGAGCGAGCGUGGGCUGCCACAGGAGCAGGUGCUUGACCCGCAGGGAGCAGGAGCGGGGCCAGGAGAGGGGGCAGGUGCAGGCAUGCAGCCUCAGGAGGAGGCUGGAAUCCUGGAGACUCUGGUCGCCCACAGCCUCGAUGCAAACAUGCAGCCUCUUACUGAGAUGGAAGAGCUCAAAUCAGCCCCAGGAGGGAGCAUGGAGGCAGGUCUGCAGCCUGUGAGAGAGGCUGGCUCCCUGGGUACAGAGCAGGGAGGGAGCGUGGCUCCAGAUGUGCAGCCCCUGGAUCAGGCUGAUAAACCAGGGUCAGUGGAGAAGGUGGAAGGAGAGGCCUCCUGGGUAGACACGGAGCUGCGUGGGGAUGCCAGCCCAGAAACUCUUCUGGGAGGGGGGAUCUGUGCAGCCAUGCAUCUCAUGAAGGAGGCUGAGGAUGGGGAACGUGAGCAGAGUGAGCACGGGCUGCCACAGGAGCCUGUGCUCAAUCUGCAGGGAGCAGGAGUCUGGCAGGGCGAGGGGGUUGCUGGAGGCAUGCACUCCCCUAUGGAGGCUGUAAUCCUGGACGUACCAGAGUACCAGAGCACCGAGGAACUCAAAUCAACCCCAGGGAGGAGCACAGAGGCAGGUGUGGCACCCCUGGGUGCAGCUUGGAUGCAAGAAGGGGUGCAGAGCCAGACUCCUGCUUUGGAGGCAGGUCUGUGUGCAGCUUACACCACACACCUAUGGGAGGGGGCUGCUGGUGCAGAUGUGUCCUCUCUGGCUGAGGCUGCUUUAGAUCCUGAGUGUGCCACUGCUGCCAAGGGUCCUUGUCUGGAGCAAAUGCUGGGAACACUCGCUGGUCCAGAUGGGCAGAUCCUGGAGUAUACCCAGACACAGCAAACACCGCAGGGAGAGAGUGCUGGUGCAGAGGAGAGGCCUUUGGAUGGAGCUCAAGGUCUGGAAGUGUUGCAGGAAGAAAGGCUGGAAGCAGGGGCAAGGAUUUUAGUUGAAACUCAGCGUCUAGGGAUAAAGCAGGCCCAUGAUGAUGGUGCAUCUGCACUGGCCCCCCCGGUCUCCAAAGCGACAUUACAAAUCAGCACGCUAAAGCUGGAACCGAUGAUGCAGGAGGCUGUUCUCGUUCCAGAUGUGUGGCGGCUAGGCGCUUCAGGACAGGCAGCCCAAAGUGAGCUUCAGGAGCAGGUCUCAGCGCAGGCAGAUAAGAUGAGUCUUCACGCUGCUUCCCAGCAGCUGGAGAAGAAGCUGCUGCAUGGGAUGGAAAUGGAGCGGGGAGCUGCCGGACCUGCCAAACCUCCAAAUCAAGAGGUGCCACCAGUGUCAACCAUUCACGCAAGGGUCCAAGAGGAGGAAGAAGCUGGGAAUGAUCAGUUGGGGAUGGUCCUCAGAGACAGCUCACUGGGGGAUGCAGCCAACAGCAGCAUGCAGCCUCAAAGGCAGCUCUUGGGAGAACAGCGUGAAGACCUCAGUGUUGGUCAACAGGAGAAGCAGCAAAAGAUUGGGCAGAAAAUGAGCCAGGAAGGUGAGCCCAGCCCAGGAGAGCCAGGGGCCGUGACUGCAGAUGGGGCAGGAGCUGUCCCAAGGGGUUCUUCUGAAGCCUCCCUGGACCCAGACCACCUCUACAAUGUGCUGUUCGUUGGGGACUCCCAUGUGGGCAAAACAUCAUUCCUGUACCGGUUGCACGCCAACACCUUCAACCCACACCUCACUGCCACAGUAGGACUGGAUUAUCAGAUCAAAAACCUUGUUGUGGACAACAAGCGCUUUGCUCUCCGCCUGUGGGACUCAGCUGGUCAAGAAAGGUACCAGAGCAUCACCAAGCAGUUCUUCCGGAAGGCGGAUGGGGUCGUGCUGAUGUACGAUAUCACGUCAGAGUACUCCUUCUCAGAUGUGCGGUACUGGCUGAGCUGCAUCCAGGAAGGAGCAGAAGAUGGAGUCGCUAUUCUGCUCCUCGGGAACAAAACUGACUGUGCUGCAGAGAGACAGGUCCCUACGAAGGAUGGGGAACGCUUGGCUGAGGAGCAUCAGCUCAUGUUUUACGAAUGCAGUGCUGCCUCGGGCCAGAAUGUCGCCGAGUCCAUGGUCAGCUUAAUCAGGUUGCUCAAAGUUCGUGAAGAUGAAUUGAAAAACAAGGCAGAAGAGGUACCAAAGCCACCUCAGAAGAAAAAAGGCUGCUGCUGGUGAUGGGCAGACCCCCCCCAGGUUGUGAUCUGAAACUGCAGCGACAGCCAGAAAAGCAUAAAAAUAACCCUCAGGCACCAUCUCUGCUCCCUGUGUGUCUGCCUUGCCUGAUGUCCCUCGGAUGCCGAGAGCAAAAGCCGCUGUGGAGGAGCUGGCUGUCACCCGGCCCCUUCCCUGCUCAUCUCCUGCCAUUAUCCCAGGGCACACGAGCCCUCCAAAAUACCUGUUGGGAAACUGUACUGCUUUCUUUUGGAGACAAAAAACAGGCUAAGGAAAGAGGCAGAAAAGGAACCCAGCUGGAUCUGAGAUGCUGGAACGAUACUGGAAGCAGCAGGGAGCAAAACCGAGUCUUGGGAUAAAAGAAAUGAAUACCAGGAGUCACCUGAAGGCCAGCAUAUAAAACAAGAAGAUUUAGGGCUGUCGGUGCUGCUGUACGGCGGUGACUUUUGCUCUCACUUUGUAAUCUGAUCAGAUUUGAUGCAGAACAAUGAAAUAUGCAAUAUAUCCUAAAUGCACUUUGUAGGCCUCUCCGAUUAGGCAAGGUAGAGCUAGUCUCCUGGUUUAUUGUGCCAGUGAGCAGCAACGGGUCUUGACAGAAAACUACUAAAAACUUUGCUCAAAGUAUAUUCAAAAGCACCAAGAGCACAUCCAGGGUAACAGAAAGAACACUGGGGUGGUGGGAUAUACGAUCAGAUAAAUGCUUGCAAGACCUCUUUUCAUCGCAUUGCCCCCAGAGCAGAUUUUUGCACUAUUGCAGCAGAUCUCAGGAUGGGCAGGGAAGAGCAAACUGCCGCACCCUGCCCUUCUGCAAUGGAGACGGCUUCUUCCUGAAGUACUGAAUCAGUUUUAAAACCCAGCAUGGAAAAUCUCAACAAGUGCAUGUCACAAUUUCAAGGUUUUUCUUCUUUCAGCUUGAUGCAGAGAAAGACAUACAGACUAAAUAAAUAAGAAACAAGUGUUAUACUUUAGUAUUUUUAUAUAUUACAUGUGUUGUCUCGUCCCCCAGCAGUUCAACAGAUGUAUUUAAAGACUGUGCUUAUAUGCAGAUUUGGGGGAAAUAAUUCUGCUCAGAUGGGUUUGCUUUUUGUUGCCAUUAUUAUUUAUAUGUACAUUAUGGCAAAGCAUAAUACUAGCCAGCUUCUGCUUUACAAAAAUAUAGUGCAAGAGUUGGUUUUCUAAAUAACACUAUAUAUUUUUAAAAAAGGAUAUAAUUUUGCAUGUUUCUGACUCUGUUAUAGCUCAGCUUUCCGAGGAAACGAGGCUUAAGAGCUCCUGUUGCCCAUCUAUAUGUACAUAUUUUCUGGAGGUGUUUUCUGAGCUCUGGAGUCCAUGGGCUGUUUUCAGCAGUCCCCAAUGGGCAGAAGCUGCAAAGCUAUGAGAUGCUACAACUUCUGUAUGAAUAAAG